UAGUUGUUACAUACUCCGCCCUGGUGCAACACAUUUUAUUGGGAACCCUUUCUAUUUCGUAAAUUAAGGAAUCGGUAGGUGAAAGAAAUUGGGGAGUGCAAAGAGUUAAUUAUUUUCCCUAGGGAACCCUGCAAUGCUCGUUGCUGUACCAGUUCCGUAUGUAUCGGUAUCUACUCGUACCAACUUACCUCUGAUUCGUCGGAAACCAACGAAUCAGACUGCGUUUGUUACGAACGUGGUUACGCGACCACCCCAGUCCAGUCAGUCAGUUACGGAAAGCCGUACGAGCUUGACAUACUUCUUGCAAUAAAAUACUUCAUAACUUACAAGCGGUCACGAAUAUUUUCACAGUUUGCAAUGUCAUCCCCUGACGUAAAAAAUGUAAGCAUGGCAGACCGUCUGGAUAUUCUAGAUUUACUAGACAGAGGUGUAAGCAGCAACGAUGUCGCCAACAAGUAUGGACUCAGUGUUAGGACAAUAAGAAGAUACUGGCAAAAUUCGAGCUCCAUUCGUGAAUUCGGGGCGGAUCCACGACACCUCGGUAUGAAAAGAAAGCGGUUACCCGUAUACACCGAAUUGGAGACCAAGUUGUACAAUUGGUUUGUCCAAAGGAAAUUAUCAGGCGAUCGUUUGACGGACACUCUUAUACUAAAAAAAGCGAAAGAGAUGGCCGCGGAGUGCGAGAGCGCGUCCAAUUUCAAAGGCAGCCGAAGCUGGCUUUGGAAUUGGAAGAAGAAAUACAACUUGCGUCUCGCUGACAUCGAGGGAGAGACCGACUCCGACGAACCGGCUGCGGACAGUUUUGUCCAUAAAAUUUCACGAUUGUUAAUAGAAGAAAGCGUCAUUCACGAGGAUUUAUAUAACAUGGACGAAUCCAGUCUGUUGUGGAAAUUUCUCCCACGAAGAGUUUUAACCAAAACUGAUGAAAAGACACAGAAUACGAAAAAGGACAGAGUAACCGUAGGAUUUUGCGCGAACGCCACUGGCACGCAUAAGCUGCCGAUACUGUUUGUACAUAAAUUCGCGAUGCCCCGGGCAUUGAAGCAGUAUAGUCAUACGUUGCCCGUGACGUACAAAAAUCUGCCCAAUGCUGGGAUAAACGAGGACAUAUUUCGAGAAUGGUACAGCAACGAUUUUAAGAAAGCUGUGUGGCAGAGACAGUCGCUACAACGUCGCACGGGCAAAGUAAUACUGAUCGUCGACAAUGUUAAGGGUCAUAAGCUCAGAAAAGAUGAGCUUGAUGAUGGCUAUUUUAAAUUAAUUUGUUUACCUCCCCAUACGUCUACGUUAAUACAACCGAUGGAGCAGGGAGUCAUUACCGAAUGUAAAACCUUGUUUCGACAUAAGUUACUUAACCGGGCACUCGAAUGUAAUGGCGGCAUCACAAACUUUUACGCAAAUUAUGACAUUAAAGAUUGCAUUGAUCUGAUCAGUGAAGCAUGGAAUGAGAUCUCUUCAAAAAGUAUUUUUGAUUCUUGGAUGAAAGUGCUCGAUCGAACGCUUUUAAAUGACACUGUAAUGGCUGGAGAUCAUACAUACGAUGAUCAGACAACGACAGAGCAACUUAUACCCAGUAACAUUGUUAAGACAGAGAUAUUCGUUCACGAUGAACCGAUCGCACAGUUUUGUGAUAACUCUAUUGAGUGUCAUAAGGAACAAAUUGUAAGGCAACGUGCGUGCAGCAAUGUGAACGCAGAGAGCUGCGCGCGCAGCGACCGAAUCACGGAACAACAUUCAUCCAACAUUGUUGAGACAAAAAACUGUGUGGACGAUGGACAAACGGAUCAACUUUUAUCUGAUAAAAUUGUUAAGGCAGAGAAUUGCGUUAAUGAUGAACAAACCACUGGACAAAUUUCAUCCAAUAAUGUUAAGUCAGAGAAUCACAUUUUCAGCGAACAUAUUUCAUCCACUAACGUUAAGAUAGAGACUUGUAUUAACGAUGAACAAAACUCGGGACAAAUCUCGUCCAGUAAUGUUGUUAAAACAGAGACUUAUAUUAACAAUGAAGAAAUCACAGGACAACUUCUGUCCAAUAACAUUGUUAAAAUGAACACUUGUAUUAAUAGUAAACACACCACGGAACAAAUCACAGAUCUUCCGUUCAACGUUAAAACAGAAAAUUGCUCAAACGACGAACAAAUCGCGGGACGUUUGGGCAGGAUAUCCGGCAAGGAAGUGAUGGAAUGGAUGUCCGUGUGUCAAGAAGAGGAAAUAUCGAGUGAAAAUAAAGAAUACGAUGUAUCACCUCUUUCUCCAGUAAAAAAUGAAGAACUUGAUCAGUUACUACAAUCAUUAGAAAAAUUGAAGAGAAUCGAACCAAAAAUGAAGGAAUCUGCGGAAGCAAUAAUUAAUUACUAUAAUAAAAAGAGGAAACAAACGUGAUUUAUACUUCUGUCAUCAUUAUUGUCAUCGGGCGUUCAUCAUCGUCGUUAUUGUUAUACAUUAAAAUAUUAAUAAAUAUAAAAUGUUAAAUAUUAAUUAGACGUGUAAUAUUUAUUUUAUACUUCUUAUAUUAAUUAUAAUACUUCUUACAACACAAUAACAUUUGGUGACUUUUAUUGGAACAAACAUGUUUGUGACCGUUAAAAAAGAUCUACAGGUAAGAAUUAUACAUUACAUUGAAUUUAAAAAUAUAUAUGAUAAAAAAAUGAACUGAAUACGUUAAACAAGUUCAGGGAUAAAAGAGAUGGAAAUUUCCAUCGUCGAGUUCCUACAUCAGUGAUCCUCAACCUUUUUAUAAAUAUGCACCGCCAAAAUUAAAAUUUUAAUAAAAACUUCCAUACACAAAGGAAAGUACAUAUGUUAUACAAAACAAUUUUAAAAAGAUUAUAUACUUAAUUACAUUACUGCCAUAAAUUUCAUUUCGCUUCGAACGAUUUGUAAAUAUAUCAUAAUGGCGGGGCUAGUUGCUUAUGCAGCUUAAACGAGUCUUUAUAGUAAAGUCUCGUUAAUUGACCAAGGUAGUGCCUACGAUAAUACAUUAUCGUUAUUUCCAGUUUUUGGAAUCGAUUUCCAGAAAUAUACCGGCGGCGUAAUACAUCUAAAAAAUGAAUAAAUGAUGCAGCUGCAGCUAUAUACACUGAGCAUGAUGGGAUUCUAUAAACAAAAUGGCGACGCAGGAAAAAGAAACCCCACCAUUCGUUAAUUUUUAGGUGAAAAAUUUUCAAGUUUACGAAGUUUGAAUUUUUGAAAUUUGGAGAUUUCCACAUUUAGAAUUUGUUAAA